AUGUCGAGCGAAAAUGAGAAACAGACUGAAUCAGCACCAACCUGCGGUAUAUGUGAAGAAAUUAUUACAGAUGAUGAUACUAAAUUAAUAUGUACACAUGAACCAUGUGGUAAAAUAACAUGUUUAUCAUGUAUUAAAAAAAUGAUUGAAGUUAUGUUCAGUCAACCAACUCUGAAUUAUCCAUUUAAAUGUGGUGCAUGUUUACAAAUAGUUGAUGAAAGAAUCAUUCAUGAAAUUAUUGUAAAACAAGGUCAAUAUGAAAAAUAUAUUGCGUGUAUAUUUCCACUAUAUUGGACAAAAGAUUGUCUUGAACAAAAUGAAAUCUUAGCACAAUGUCCAUUUUGUCCUUAUUUUGAAAUUUAUACAAUUGAUGCAUGUUCUCUUCACUUUUUUACAUGUCAACAUCCAUCAUGCGGUAAAAAAUCAUGUGUUAUAUGUCUACAUGCUGUUGAUGAUAAUAAUAAAUCAAUACAUCAAUCACAUUGUGUUGAACUUCAUUCGUAUAAAAAAAUUAUUGAAAAAGCAAUUGAAUCUGGAUCACAACAACAUUGUCCUUAUUGUCAAUUGACUGGUGUUAAAGAUGAUGGAUGUACACAUAUGGUAUGUCAACGAUGUCAACGUAAUUGGUGUUAUUUAUGUGGAAUGAAAGAAAAUGAGUGUAAAGUUAGAGAUGAUAUUGAACCAAGUUUAUCAGCACAUAAUGAAGAUUGGGAAUCCAAUGAAGAUCGUUGUCCCAUGAGUCUAAUUAGUAUACAUGAAAUUGAUAUUCGAUGGCCAGAAAAUGAUCAAGAUUGUUUAGAAUAUUUUCAUCGUUAUCGAACAGUAUCCCAUUUAUUUGAUGUUCUUAAAAUUAUUGGUGAAGAGAAAUUCGAUAAAGUCAAUCAAUAUUUUGGAAUAAUCGAUGCUUCGGGUUAUACAAUUGAAGAGAUAAAAGAUUAUGAAAAUCGAAUAUUCAUUGAUUAUACAUCAAAAGGAAACAAAUAG